UCCUUGACAAAAUAUACAUAAUUUACAUAUAUAGAGUUAGUAUUAAUAAUUAAAUAGUUAUAAUUUACAAUUUCUCAAAAGUUUUAAGUAUUGAAUUUUUGUGCUGUUAUACAAUGAUUCAAGCAGCUCACGACUUCCGGUUUUAGACCAAGUAUCCUCUGGGUAGCUAACAAACAUACGUUUGAAGGCGAGCUAAAGUGAGAAGGCGAACCCGCUUCUGCGGUUUAGCGUAGGGUUUGGGACCCACCACAUAAAAACGAAGUACCAAUGAAAAAUCGAAGAAAGCCUCGGAUGAGACAUCCCCUUUUGAUUACGACCCAUGCAAACGUUUUAGGGAUAAUGAUUUAAGGGCAUGCACCUGGAAUGUCCGGACCCUUAAUUGGGAAGGUGCCUCUGUCGAGCUGGUUGUUGUCCUCAUACGACUAAAGGCUGACAUCACCGUCAUCCAAGAAGUUCGAUGGACGGGACAAGGACGGAAGAAGGUGGGUCCUUGUGACAUCUACUACAGCGGCCAUAUAAAGGAGCGCAAAUUUGGUGUUGGAUUUGUGGUGGGAGAGAGACACCGUUGCCGAGUCCUGGCAUUCACCCCGGUGGAUGAACGUCUAGCCACAAUCCGCAUAAAAGCGAGGUUCUUCAACAUAUCGCUUAUUUGCGCCCACGCCCCAACGGAAGAGAAGGACGAUGUGAUCAAAGAUGCUUUCUAUGAGCGCCUAAAACGCACCUAUGACCUAUGAUUUUAAAGCUAGGGUGGGUAAAGAAGGUGUCUUUGGCGCAACAGUCGGAAGAUUCAGCCUCCUUAACGAAGCAUCGCCAAACGGCCUGAGGCUGAUCGACUUCCCUGGGGCCCGUAAUAUGGUCGUCUACCUCCAGCAUAAGAAAAUAUAUCAAGCUACUUGGCUAUGUCCUGGUCGAAACACGCGUAACCAAAUCGAUCACGUUGCGAUAGACGGAAGACAUGUCUCCUGUGCUUUCGACGUGCGUACGCUCUGAGGACCAAAUAUAGACUCGGACCAUUAUCUGGUUGCAGCGAAGAUACGCACCCGCAUCUGUGCAGCAAAGAACUCCCGUCAACAAACACAAGGAAGGUUAGACGUCGAAAAGCUGCAAUCGCAACAGACAGCCACGAAAUACUCUACAGCUGCUGGCCAUCGAAUUACGAACGCAAUUACUUUGACAAUGUUUUUAAUUUAUGGUGAAAGUUACAAAAUUUCAAACUGGGUGGCAUCCUUUGCCUAUAUUUCUACUGUAAUUAUACGGUAUAAUAUUCGAAUAAGCUAAUAGUUAUCGGCUGACAAUUAUUGUAACCGUAGUUUUUUUGUAAUUCGUAAUUGUUCGUAAUUCGAUGGCCAGGUACUGUACUCGACUUGCACUCCUGCUCUCUGAAAGCACUCAUCAGCAUCUCGGUAUAAGGAACUGUGUAACGGCAUCUCAAACUCACUGCGUACCGCUGCAGCCGAAACAAUUUGAUUUCGGAAACGACAAAAAACAAGCUGGUACGAUGAGGAUUGCCGUCGCGCAGCGGAGAGAAAACAGACUGCCUACCUCGCAACAUUGCAAACGACCACAACACGUGCGGGAUGGGGUAGAUACCGAGAGCUGAAGAGGGAAGCGAGACGCAUUUGCAGACAAAAAAAGAAAGAGGCCGAAAUGCGUGAGACCAAGGUGGUAAUCUGGUAACCGAUGUCCAGGGCAUACUGGGAUUAUGGAGGGAACACUUCUCCGACCUGCUGAAUGGCAGUGAAAGUACAACACCAGGAGAUGGCGAACCCGAUCCCCCAAUCGAUGACGAUGGAGCAGAUGUUCCAUUAUCCGACCAUGAAGAAAUUCGAAUAGCAAUUACCCGCUUGAAGAACAAUAAGGCGGCGGGGACCGAUGGAUUACCGGCCGAGCUAUUCAAAUACGGCGGCGAAGAACUGAUGAGGUGCUUGCAUCAGCUUCUUUGCAGAAUAUGGUCGGAAGAAAGCAUGCCUGACGAUUGGAAUCUCAAUGUACUCUGCCCAAUACACAAAAAGGGAGACCCCACAAUUUGCGCCAAUUACCGUGGGAUAAGCCUCCUCAACAUCGCGUAUAAGGUUCUGUCGAGCGUAUUGUGUGAAAGACUAAAGCCCACCGUCAACAAACUGAUUGGACCUUAUCAGUGUGGCUUUAGACCUGGAAAAUCAACAACAGACCAGAUAUUCACCAUGCGCCAAAUUUUGGAGAAGACCCGUGAAAAUAGGAUCGACACACACCAUCUCUUUGUCGACUUUAAAGCUGCUUUCGACAGCACGAAAAGGAGCUGCCUUUAUGCCGCUAUGUCUGAAUUUGGUAUCCCCGAAAAACUAAUACAGAUAUGUCAGUUGACGUUGAGCAACACCAAAAGCUCUGUCAUGAUUGGGAAGGACCUCUCUGAGCCAUUCUGUUCCAAGCGAGGUUUCAGACAAGGUAACUCACUAUCGUGUGUCUUCUUUAACUUGAUGCUGGAAAAAAUAAUACGAGCUGCAGAGCUAAAUAGAGAAGGUAGAAUCUUCUAUAAGAGUGUACAGCUGCUGGCGUACGCCUAUGAUAUUGAUAUCAUCGGAAGCAACAACCGUGCCGUUUGUACUGCUGGGUCUUGAGGUGAAUGAGGACAAGACGGAAUGUCUCUUGUCAUCAAGAAAACAGUCGGCGCAUUCGCGUCUGGGCACCCACGUGCCAGUUAACAGUCAUAACUUCGAAGUCGUUGAUAAUUCCGUAUACCUGAGAACCAGUAUUAACAACACCAACAAUGUCAGCCUCGAAAUCCAGCGCAGAAUCACUCUUGCCAACAGGUGCUACUUUGGACUGAGUAGGCAAUCGAAAAGUAAAGUCCUCUCUCGGCGAACUAAAAUCAAACUCUACAAGUCGCUUAUCAUUCCCGUCCUGCUUUAUGGUGCAGAAGCUUGGACGAUGUCAACAUCAGAUGAGAUGACACUAGGAAUUUUCGAGAGGAAAAUUUUGCGCAAGAUUUAUGGUCCUCGAGAACAUUGGCAACGGCGAAUACCGCAGACGUUGACGACAUUGACUUAGACCGUUUUGAUAAUUACAUAUACGUUCUUUGUCUGCGAGUUGUUGUUCACGCUAAUUCACGUAAAUACAUAUACGUUCUUUGUCGCAGACUUGCAUUGCGUUAACUAUUAAUCAAUUAAUUUGGCUAUGCGAAAAACUUAUAAGUUAUAUCAAUUAUUUUGAGUUAAAUCACAUUUAAAGCUAUCACGUCAGUUAAUUAUUAAACAAUUGACAUUUGUGAACGACAUUUCAAUAUUAAUGUGUUAAUUUGUGAAUGACUAAAGUGGAUGAACGUAAUGAUAAGAGAGCUGGUAGUAUUUUCUGACUAAUCAUGUGGACACGAUUAUCUUUAAUUGAUUUUAAAAAUGCUUUACUCCCUAAAUACAUUUUUAAUGCAUACUACAGAAGUGAAUAUUUAUAGAUAAUAAUAUAAAAAAUAUUAAUAUCAUUUGAGAAUAAACAAGUCUCACUUAUAUUAACGAAUAAAAGCAAGUUAUAGAUUUAUUUUAUGUAAUUUUAUACUAAAUUAGGUCAUACAGCAAAUUAAACUUUAGAAAUGUAUUGUACCUGAACACACACAUAGUAUAUGAUAAGCUCAUAACCCGACGGGACUGUUUCAAUAGAAGCAAUCCAACCAGCUAGGCUCUAAGCUACCGGGGGGUCGGCAGGUCGCGGAUAGCCGGACGGCCUGUAGUAGCAGGUUAGUUGCGAAAUAAGUCUAAACGAAUAAGCAACCCCCGACGAUGAGCGGCAGGAGCGGAGGAUGCGGUAUAAAAGCUAGCAGAUCCGGUGAAGUUCCUGUGACUGUGGCGAAACGACUCCGCCUCAUAGAAAUAUGUGUCCCCCUCACUAUGCACAGGUAUAAUGAGUAAUACAAAAACCCAGGCGCGACGGACACAAGAUGGGCGGCUUCCUGGUCAGCGACUGUACACCAUGUUAGGUGCGGCUGAUAACAGUAAGUGACCGGUACACAUCGUGUCGCACUGGGAGUCCCUAAAAUUCUAGUAAUGACUUCUCCAUUGUUAAGAUUGAUAGGGUGAUGUGAGCCUGCUCUGCCGAGGUGCCAAUCGCGAUGUGUAUCAGAAACCAGCUCCUUGGGACUUUGGUCAAGAAGUGUGCAUUGGGCGCAGGAUUAGUAGUCUGCGUUGCCCCGGGCGAGCGCUGGUCCGUCCGUUUAUUCCAGGACUGGUAAAGCGAAGGACAGACCUCAGGGAACUGGGAUAGGGGCAUCGUCCCCGAGGGUAUACCCGUUCCUGUCUAUUUCGGUCCACACCCCUGCACACGAUGGGCUGGUACAAACUAAAAGAAAGAAUGGAACCAAACCUGAGAAAAUUUUUUAAUAGCACAACUAAUGCGAUUUGUAGCGAUACUGAAAACGCUAGUGGUGGAGUUAGCAGAGUGCUGGAAACAUGCUCGUCCAAAACAACACCAAACAUAGACAUAGACCCCUUUAAACGUGCCCCAAGCCUUGGCAGAUCUCCCACAAAAGUGCUAAGUGUAGAAAAGCCCGUAAGAGCAAGGUCGUCACCACCAGCGUUGCAAUAUAGCGCACCGCUGACCAAAGAGACAAAACCAAGUAGAGACCACAUGAUGGAACUAGGGGAUGAACUUAAGAGGCUGAUGGAGUUGAUGCGCCCACCACCGCGAUUCAUCAAUAACAAUCACAGAGAUUUGCUUAACCAUGUGGUAAAGUUAUACGAAAAGGCGCCAGAAGAAUAUAUUAAAAACAAAGAGAGAAGGAACAUUUUACACUUGCCUGUACUAUGGAAAUUACACCUAAGAGACCGAGAGACGAAAGACAGACUAAGCGUCGAACGCCACCGAAGAAGAAUAAAAUCACCCUUGAGGAGGAGACAGAUAAAGAAACAAUAAAGGAGGGGAAAGUUAAUAAGCCUAUCGCGGCUAAAAAAGACAAGUGAAGGAAACAAAAGAUGGUUGGACAGAGAUAAGGAAGAAAAAGAAGUUGGUGAAACAACGCCCACCACGACCCGACGCCAUAGUCAUUGCACGAAUCGGAAAUAUGUCCUAUAGUAAUAUCCUGAGGGCGGUGAAGAAGGAGGACGCUCUCCAGGAACUCGGUGAAAGCGUAGGCAGAAUCAGAAAAACUGCCAAAGGAGAAAUGUUAUUGGAGCUAAAGGAUGCCCAAAUGAAAAGCACAGGUGACUACACCAAGGAGAUAGGGAAAGUGCUUGGGAAAGAAGCAAAAAUUAAAGCACUUACCGAAAUUACAAUAGAAAUUCGUGACCUUGAUGAAAUCACUAGCGAAGAAGACGUAUCACAUGCUAUUCGAAGCCAGAUAAAAGAACUUGAUGACUUUGAUAAAGGUGCAUUCAUAAACAUCAGGUCGGCGUAUGCAGGCACACAAACAGCAGUCUUAAGCCUUCCUGCACUACAAGCCAGGACACUCCUCGAGGCAAGAAAAAUAAAAAUUGGAUGGGUAAUAUGGCGGAUAAGGGAGAAGCCAAACCUCAUAAAGUGCGAGAAGAAGCCGUCCUGCAGUGCAUGUAAAAAUAAUAGAAAAGAGAACUACGAACACCAGAUAGGUAGCGAAAAAUGUCCCCUCUACCAGGAAGCGUGUAAAAGGGCCAACAUAUGCAACUAAACCUGAACCACUGUGAGGCAGCACAAGAUCUACUCACACAUACAGUGUUUGAACAGAAAAUUGACGUAGUAAUAAACAGCGAGCAGUAUAAAAACCUAAGCACAGCAGCAUGGACUUCCGACCUGACGAAUAAAGCAGCCAUAUGGGCCUGUGGAGAUAAAGUUUUUCAAAACAACCUGCUGACAGGACAGCCCUAUUACACACGGGCAAAAAUUUGUGGGAUAAACAUCUAUAGCUGCUACGACCAUCUGGCCAUUAUAUUAGAAAUUGAUAACCAAGAACAUACCCAAGGACGUAAGACCCACAAGAAAGCGCAAACCAGAGGUUGGAAAAUUGAAACUCUCGAUGAAAAUCUCUUCAAAUUGAUGUUAGACGGAAACUCAAACGACGCAUCAGACGUGGAACGGAAGGCGGAGCAACUCGUGAAAUUCGUCAGCAAAGCCUGUGAUGCCUCAAUGCACAGGAAAAAACAGUAUACACAGAAAGCCAGCGUACUGGUGGAAAUAGAUGCGAUAUGAAAUGAAUGCCCUAAAGCGAGGCAUCUGUGCCAAAGGAGGCGACAAACAACGGAGUAUAUAAUGCUGCAAGAUCAUUUUAAGAAGAAGAGAAAGGAACUCAAGAAAGCUAUUAAAGGGAGCAAGGCCUGCUGCUUUAAAGAUCUCUGCAAAAAAUUAGAAGAAAACCCAUGGGGGGAUGCCUAUAAGACAGUAAUGACAAAAGUUAGAAGCCGCAAGGGACAAAACCCAACAUGCCCUAAACUACUUUAGACUGUAGUACAAACCUUAUUCCCCACGCAUAUCCCACAAGAAUGGCAUAACGAGGUAGCUGAAACAACAGGAGUACCAAUAGUCACCGGAAAAGAGGUAAUUGAAGCAGCAGCAAGGCACCCGGAUUAGAUGGCAUUCCAAACAAAGCCCUAAAGAUCGCCAUUAAACACAACCACGCCCCUUUCACGGAGGUGUUUACGCAGUGUGUCCAAAAAUUUGGAAGAAGCAGCGAUUGGUCCUCCUCCAGAAACCAAGCAAGCCAGCCGGAGAGCCAAGUUCGUACCGAUCGCUAUGUAUGCUGGACACUAUGGGAAAAAUAUUAGAACGAAUAAUAUGUGUUCGACUGGAGCAACAUCUAGAAAACGUAUUACCGGGUUGGGCAGACAAUCAGUAUGGUUUCCGAAUACAAAGGACGACAAUAGAUGCAAUUCAGAAAGUAACUGAUGUCGCAAGCAGAGCCAUUGAAGGAACCAGAUGGAUGUAUGGCUCUAAAAAAUACCGUGCGGUGGUAACGUUCGACGUGAAGAAUCCCUUCAAUUCGGCCUACUGGCCUCACAUUAUAAAAGCUCUCGAACUCAAAAAAACGCAGUCAUAUCUAGUAAAGAUUGUGUUAAAUUGCUCGCGGCUAAAAUAAAAGAAUGGCUAACAGAAACUAAAUUACAACUAGUAGGACAAAAAACAGAAGCUGUGCUAAUUACAAGCAGAAAAAAGCUAGAGACUGCUACGCUAAAUAUUGAUGGGUACAAUAUAACCACACAGCGGUCCCUGAAAUAUCUGGGGGUGAUGUUAGAUGUGAGAAACUAUAAGACCCUCAUUGACAAAGCCUGUGAGAAAGCGGCAGUGAGGUUACGGCUGCACUAUCCAGACUAAUGUCUAAUAUUGGUGGACCGAGCCAGAGUAGACGAGCACUCUUAGCCAAAGUGAAUCAAUCGGUUCUAAUGUAUGCGGCACCUAUAUGGGGACCUGCACUGCAGCAAAAAACAUAUGCUGAAAAAGCGAAGACUAUAGUGAAGUUAAGUGCAAUCAGAGUAACCUGUGCGUUUCGGACUGUAUCACACGAGGCAGUCGGAGUUAUAGCUGGUAUAAUGCCACCAGACAUUGCGGCGAUGGAAAAAAAAAAGUAUUUUUGACAAAAUGAAAAGUACGGAGAGACGCCUGACAAUAGAAGAGAGAAAUGACGAAAGGCAAAAGAGCCUAAAUGAAUGGCAGAAAAGCUGGGACGAGAAAACAAAAGGUAGAUGGACAUAUAAGCUUAUUAAAAACAUUCAAAAAAUGGGUAGAAAGACAGCAUGGCGAAGCAGACCACUACUUGACGCAGCUCUUGACUGGACAUGGCUGUUUUAGAGAAUACCUACAAAAGUAUGGACAUGACGAUGGGUCUGAAUGCUCGCUCUGUGACAAUGGAUGCGAAAACGCAUUACAUGUAUUCUUUGAGUGUCCACGUUUUGAAUGUGAAAGAACGGAACUGGAACAGGAAAUAUAGUGGCGCACAUGAUCCAAUCACCAGAAGUAUGGAAUCAAGCAAUGCUAGAGAUAUUCAAGUGAAAGUGGCCAACUUCAAACAGCGCUAUAGAAGGGAACUGAACAGGAAAUAUAGUGGCGCACAUGAUCCAAUCACCAGAAGUAUGGAAUCAAGCAAUGCUAGAGAUAUUCAAGUGAAAGUGGCCAACUUCAAACAGCGCUAUAGAAGUGAGAAAAUGGCAAUGGGGCCGUCAGGUGGGUCACCAUCAACAUGGCCGUUUUAUGGAAGAGUACACCAAAUAAUUAGUGGAUUCAAAAUAAAUUUAUUCAAUCAACUGGCAUUUGAAAGUAUCGACGAAAGCGACAAUAUAUCGGCGUUGGUAAGAGAUAACCAAAUAUAUGAAUAAAAGUGAAGAAAAUGAACAUGACAGAUGCGUAUUGAACAAGAGAAGGCAAAUUAUCUCAGAGAAAUUGCAAAAGACAAUAAAGAACUAAAAAAUGGU